GUUACCGGCUCAAAGAGCUAUUAGAAUAUUAAUAAAUAGCACUCUUUUUAUGUUUUGGCUUCUUUUUCAAUUUCUUCUCAUUUUCUGCGAAAAAGACUGUUUUUAUGUUCUCCGUCUUCUCCUACCCACCUUCUCAACCUCAAGAGUGACUGAAUGAGAUCUCCGGCAUUGACUUGUACUUAUCCGGUAAACUUUCGGACAAUUUCCUGAAAUGGGUCUUCAGAGUGAUGAAGAACUGCCAAUGGGUAGCCGAUAAACACGCAAAAACCUAUUUUCCAUGAGAAAAGCCCAUCAUAGUGAAAUUCUCUCACAAAAGGGCUGAGAAAUGGAUAUGGAACAGCCGAGGAAAAAUAAGUCAGAAAUGGAGAGUUCCUGGAUUCCGAUGACCCCUUUAAAGCCCUUCCCCCAAAUACCAGAGCCGAUCUGUUCAAAUGGUCCAAGACUCCAAACACAAGAAGAAAUUGCUACUCUGUCAGAGAAGGGAGAGCAUUUUCACUCCCAAAAUCCUACGGUCUACAACACGAAUGUCAACAACUGGGGGACCGGAAACAAUGUGGAAAUUUGCAGAGAAAUUUCCUUUGAUGGCAUGACCAGAAUGUCUUUCACUGGCCUAUUGGCUCUUGCAAACGCCGCGACCGUUACUUUGGGUAAUAAUACAGCGCAAAUGGCAAACGACGGCGCAGCAGAAACUCGCCGUUUAUUUUCUUCUGCAAAUUCACAGAUCGAGAGUCACGAGACCCAGUCGCUCAAAAGCCACGAUAUUCCUCUUGAACCUCAAUUCUCAUUUGGUCAUCAGCAUUCCUAUGAUCUUAAUUUGCCGCCUGGAACUACAUAUGGUGGAGGCAUUAGCAAUAGCAUCCCACAGUUUGCACCUGUAACACCGGAUAAGCCCAAACGAGCAGAUAACAAACAGGCUUCUGAACCUGUAGCUGAAAGAGGUGACCAGGGAAGAGAGAAGCAGCAGAAUGAAGCUGCUAGUACAAUGGUGGACAUUAUUGUGAUUGAUAGUGAUAAAGAAAUCCCAAAGCCUGCUUCAGAUUCCUUUCUAGCUGCUGUUUCCACACCACUAAAAGAGAAUAACGGGAUUGACCUGAACAAAACACCACAGAAGAAACAAAGAAGAAAAAAGCAUAGGCCCAAGGUGGUUAGAGAAGGUAAACCAAAAAGAACUCCAAAGCCAGUGACCCCAAAGCCUGCUGGUUCUAAGGAAAAUCCAACGGAGAAGAGGAAAUACGUGAGAAAGAAAGGUGUAAACAAAGCUCCAGAAACUUCACCACCAGCUGUAGCAGGACAAACUUCUGAUUUCAGAACGGACCAGACUACCAAGAAAUCAUGCAGAAGGACCUUAAAUUUUGAAACAGAAGAACCGAAAGAAGUAAAUUCCUCCAAUAAAUCUCCAAGCUUAGAUUCAGAAUCAUACGUACAUCAGUUUAGCAGCAAUGGAGUUCAAUCAAAAUCAACUGUGCCGUUUGGCAAUGGAUUAGAAGUGACGGUAGGAAACACACAAGCUGGCAUUGCCUGUGAUCUCAGCUGUUCUACACAUCAAAUGCUGAAAAGUUUCAUGUCAUUUUCUACCAAAACUGACUCUACGCAGGCAAAACUGAAUGUUGAUUUCCGAAAAGAAGAUGCAGAUGUCCAGGUAACUGACCAUACCCAACAAGAAAACACAGUAGAAGUUAUGCUGGACUGUGGUACUCAAUCACACCCAAGAAGUUCAAAUGACUCAAACUGCAGCACCACCAUAAAUCUGAGAGAAGAAAAAGAAAAAGCAAAUAGAGCCAAGCGAAAAUAUUAUCUUGCUGUCAAGCAAGCAGAUACCAGCAGCAGAAAUUUAGCAGGGGUUCACUAUAAUACUUUACAAGCAUACCAAAUGUCUUGGAUGCACUUUCCGAAUAUUUACAAGAAAAAAAGAAGUGAGAAGGGGCAGAUUUACAGCACAUCAAGCAUAACAUGUUGCAUAACAGCAACAAAAGAUAGAGAAAAUUCUCAAAAGGAUGCCGAAGCUAAUCCUAAUAAAUCAGAAACCAGAUACCAGACUUCCGGCCCGCAUUGUGACAGCAAUAAAGUUUCAGCUGCAUUUGGAGAAUCGAGAGAAGGCCUUCAGGAUAAGCUGCAUACUUUGGAAUGUAUUGUGGCUUUAAGUCAGAAGGAGAGGACAACAAAGAAAAGGUCUAGAGGUGCUAAAAGGGUCCGUGACUUGGCUUCACUAUCCAUGAAAGCAGAUCACAGUGAUGAACAAAGAGCUGGGAACGUUCAUAGGCCUCACACAUGCAUUGAUACCCUAGUUUCAGACGUGUGUUCAACACUCACAAGAAAAAAAGGGUCAAAGAAGAGAAACUCUCUUGCAGUCCAAAAUCUUGCAUUCUAUGGGGACCAGCAAUCCUUUUCCAAAUCAUCAGGCACUCCUAUAGAAACAACAAUGAAACCAUUGACUAUUGGUGCAAUUAUUGAGCAACUAAAAUGUUUAGACAUCAACAGAGAAAGCAGCGAAUUUGCAUAUCAAGAGCAGAAUACAGUUACCCCUUGUACUGCAAAAAAUGAAGAACAAAAUGCACUUGUUCUUUACAGAAGAGAUGGCCCUCUUGUUUCAUUUGAUCCUACAAAGAAACGCCGCCCACGACCUAAAGUAGACCUUGAUGAAGAAACUAAUAGAGUAUGGAAACUUCUGCUGGAAAAUAUAAACAGCGAAGGCAUUGAUGGAACUGAUGAAGAUAAGGUAAAAUGGUGGGAAGAAGAGCGAAGAGUGUUUCGUGGACGAGCUGACUCUUUUAUUGCAAGAAUGCAUCUUGUGCAAGGAGAUAGGCGUUUCUCUCAAUGGAAGGGAUCUGUUGUGGAUUCAGUGGUUGGAGUUUUCCUCACACAAAAUGUCUCCGACCAUCUUUCAAGCUCUGCAUUUAUGUCACUUGCUGCACAUUUUCCCGUCAAGCCAAGGAAUAAUGACAAAGCAUGCGUGGCAGUAGAUCAAGAUGAACCAGUAGAGUUUAUAAAUGAGAUUCCAAACCUCCAAGACACUGAGCAUAAUGAAGUAAAAGGAGCCAACAGCAUAGAAUAUUUUGGAAGCAACAAAGGGGCUUUUAGCUCAACAAAUGAAUCAGAAUGCAAAUUAUCCAAUUCAUCUGCAAGUGUUCUAGAGGUGUACCAUAAUCAAUCAGUGAAAACGUCAACCAAUCAAAUUUUCAGAACAGUGGCAGAAUGUUACAUGGGUAGAGAUGCUGCAAAAAAUGAUGCAGUUUCACCUCAAAAUUCUGUGGAUUCUUCUAUCUCUCAAACCAGUGAUAAAGGAGGAUUUUGCUCAGAAAGCAACUCAGAAACAGAGGAUCUGCCAAACAAAUCUAAACAUGAAAGAUUGGAUAACUCCAUUUCAUUUAUGGAACUUCUACGGAAUGCUGAAUCUACCAUGCUACAUGAAGUUUAUGUUCAUGCAGGGUAUGAAUAUCACCAACCCAAAGGUAUAAAGCAUGAGAAUCAAAAGCAAAGUAAGGAUAAAGAUGGUCUUCAAACUUCUUUAGAAGCAUCCACGAAUGCUUCUAGUAACUACUGUUUGCCUCUGACCACCAAUUCAGGAGUAUCAGCAGUUGAUUGCUUUGAGAUAUUUGAAGAAACCCAAUCUUCUAAUGUUUACAAGAAUAAAGAUGAAACAAGUAUGAGCGGACAAAGUACACUAACAGUGGAAUCUGCUAGUCCAAAUGAUAUAAAUAAGCCAACCAUGCAUGCUCAGGAAGCACCAAUAUGUUCCGGUGAAUCAUUCAAAAACACUCAAGGAGACAAUACUAUAACUGCUCAAACGGAAAGCAGGCAUGAAGAAAUUACAGACAUUACACUAAAUAAUGCAGAACAAGAUUCAAAUGAGCAUGGCCAUUCAUCAAGUAAGGAGUUCACUGAGAUGAAUGCUUUAACUUCAAAAUCAAAGAAUAAAAGGGUUCAAAAGGAGAAAAAGAAUGAGAUCAAUUGGGACAAAUUAAGAGAAAAGGCAGAAUCUAAUGGAAGAAGAGAAAGAACACCAAACACAAUGGACUCCUUGGAUUGGGAAGCUGUAAGAUGUGCAGAUGUUCAUGAAAUUGCCGACACUAUCAAAGAACGCGGGAUGAAUAACAUGCUUGGUCAGCGUAUCAAGGAUUUUCUUAAUCGGCUGGUUAGAGAACAUGGAAGCAUUGAUCUUGAAUGGUUGAGGAACGUGCCACCCGACCAAGCAAAGGAGUAUCUGCUCAGCAUAAGAGGAUUGGGGUUGAAAAGCGUAGAAUGUGUGCGACUUCUAACACUUCACCAUCUUGCUUUUCCAGUGGACACAAAUGUUGGACGAAUAGCGGUACGACUAGGAUGGGUACCCCUUCAACCACUGCCAGAGUCACUACAGUUGCAUCUUCUUGAACUGUAUCCAGUGUUGGAAUCCAUUCAAAAGUAUCUUUGGCCUCGAUUAUGCAAGCUUGAUCAAAGAACAUUGUAUGAGCUGCAUUACCAGAUGAUAACAUUUGGAAAGGUGUUUUGCACCAAAAGCAAGCCGAAUUGCAAUGCAUGUCCAAUGAGAGGAGAAUGUAGACACUUCGCCAGUGCAUUUGCAAGUGCAAGACUUGCUCUGCCAGGGCCAGAGGAGAAAAGCAUAAUAAGUGCAACUGAGAAAGGAAGCCAUGUAAACCCUACAGUGAACAAUGGAACAUCGUUGCCCCUCCUUCAGGAAAACAACCAAUUGGAAGAAAACCAGCAACUAGAUGCUUGCCAGAAAGUACAAGUAAUAGCUGGAAACCGGAACUGUGAACCUAUAAUUGAAGAACCAGCAACUCCAGAGCCAGAGUGCACACAAAUGUCAGAGGAUAUUGAGGAUGCUUUCUAUGAAGAUCCUGAUGCAAUUCCGACAAUCAAACUUAAUAUUGAAGAGUUCACUCAGAAUUUACAGAAUUAUAUGCAAGAAAAUAUGGAACUUCAAGAAGGUGAUAUGUCAAAGGCCUUGGUUGCUCUAACAACAGAAGCUGCAUCGAUUCCUAUGCCUAAGCUUAAGAAUGUGAGCCGCCUACGUACAGAGCACCUAGUCUAUGAACUUCCAGACUCACACCCCCUUCUGGAAAUGUUAAAGAUGGAGAAGAGAGAACUUGAUGAUCCAUCCUCAUACCUUUUGGCUAUAUGGACACCAGGUGAAACGGUAAACUCAAUUCAACCACCUGAGAAAACAUGUUGUUCACAAGAUUUUGGGAGAUUGUGUAAUGAGAAGGAAUGUUUCUCAUGCAACAGUGUACGGGAAGCAAAUUCCCAAACGGUCAGAGGGACACUUUUGAUACCAUGUAGAACAGCAAUGAGGGGAAGCUUCCCACUUAAUGGUACCUACUUCCAAGUUAAUGAGGUAUUUGCAGACCAUGCUUCCAGUCUUAACCCAAUUGAUGUGCCUAGGGCUUGGAUAUGGAACCUCCACAGGCGAACUGUGUACUUUGGAACCUCUAUACCAACAAUAUUUAAGGGGUUGUCAACACAAGGGAUUCAACAUUGCUUUUGGAAAGGGUUUGUCUGUGUGAGGGGAUUUGAUCAAAAAACAAGGGCACCACGUCCUUUAAUAGCCCGACUACAUUUUCCAGCCAGCAAGUUGACAAGAAAUAAGGAAAGGAAAGAUGAGUAGAAGAUUGUGCACUCACAGUGAUGACACCAGAACACAAAUUUUACCAAACAUGUGCAAAGAGCAAGCGUAGGACAUGCAUUAAGAGGUGGGUAUUCAGCUGUUGUAACCUGGUCCAAUCAAAAGAGGAAAAACAAUAAUAGCAGAAAAGCCCAAAAAAAAAAAAAAGAUCCAGUUGAGUUGUAGGUUCCCAUGAUCUGAGUGGGCAUGUAUAUUUUACAUGAUUAACAAGUUCGCAGUAGUUCCAUGCUCAAAUUUGAGCAAUUCAAUCAAAAAUCAGCUAAUUUGACCAAGA